AUGAAUGGUGAUCAUGGCCCGAUGUUGGACAAGAACAAUAUUAUAAACGUAAGAGAUGGAGAAUCGCUCUACCAGUUGUGUGUCAAGCUGCGUCGUCGCUUGUCGGGAGUCCCAGGUUUCAGACCUUAUCUCGACGAAAUGGAGGAACGCGAAGCCGACGGAGAGACCGAUCCCGUGUCGUCUUUAUGGCAAUGCUUCAGAAGCGGGUUACCGUUAUUGACCAUAUACAAUGCUUCCAAUCCUGAAGAGGGCGAUCUUCAUGUGGACACCACCAAACCAGAGAGGGUAGGAAAGGAGGCAGCAUUCCUCUUCAUUAAGUCCUGCAUGCAACAAAUGAACAUCCCUGCCGCGGAUACCUUUACUGUCACUGAUCUUUACAGCGAUAACACUACCGGCUUCGUAAAAGUGGCCAAGUUGGUCAAUCGCGUUCUCGAUAUACUGAAACUGAGUGGGAAGUUGCAUCCAUCCACAGAUAGCGACGAUUCUCGCGAAGGAACGGACAAUGGGUCCAAUGGUGUGAAUCAGCCGCCGAAGACUCUAACGAGAAGACAAUAUAUCUUGAGAGAGCUGGUCGAGACUGAAAGACAAUACGUCCAUCAUCUGCAGAACUUGCAGUUUUUGAAGAAAGAGCUGGAAGAGUCUGGCGCGCUGACCGGGGACGCCGUCCACCACAUAUUUUUGAACCUAAACAACCUGUUGGAUUUUGCGCAGCGUUUUUUGAUUCGCGUCGAGCAACAGAACGAGGUACCGGAAGACCAACAAAACUGGGGCGAGUUGUUUGUGCACUACGGGGACCCCUUCAGACAAUACGAGCCUUUUAUUGCCAACCAGAGGAGAUGCGAAGCGACCUGCCAGCAGGAAUGGGAUAAGAUGGUUGCAUCCAUCAAAACACCCCUGACCCAGCAAAUGCUGGCAAAUCCCACUAUUCUUAAUGGCUUCCUCCUGAAGCCGUUCCAGCGACUAACCAAAUAUCCUUUAUUGCUGAAGGAUCUCCGGAACCAAACGGAAGACGAAACCCUCAAAGACGAUCUGUCAGGCGCAAUUGCAAUCAUUCAAGACGUGUUGAUGCAAGCUAACGCCUCCAUCGACAAAGAAACUCGAGAUGAUGCCUUGCAAGACCUACAAGAACGCAUAGACGAUUGGAAGACGCUACAAAUCUCGACACUGGGCGAGCUUUUCCUGUUUGGAACCUUCAACGUCGUGAAAGACGGCAGCCACCGGUCUGAGGAGAAGGAGUAUCAUAUCUAUCUCUUCAGCCGCAUCUUGAUCAUGUGCAAGGAUGUCAACGCCAACAAGCCCAAGAACAGAUUGGCCAACAGACCUGCGCUGAGCCAACGUGGGAAACCCAAGAUGAAUCUGAAGGGACGUAUCUAUUUUAACAACGUCAAGUUUGUUUCAGCCCAAAGUACCCCUGGCAACUACUCGUUGCAGAUCCAAUGGAGGAGCGAGGCAGGACCGAUGGAAACAUUCAUCAUCAAAUUCAAGAAUGAUGAUACAUUGCAGAAGUGGCAAGACACCGUCGAGACACAAAGGUCUUCUUGCAUGCUUGAGGCCAAGGCCAAGGGGACAUCAGAAACACAGCUGCUUUCUCUGCAAGGAAUGACCUUGGAAAAUCCCCAUUUGGCGCAGGAUGAGGAGGACGACUUCAGCCGACUGUCUGGAACCACUUACGGAGGAACCGACGUGGCCGGAUACUCUGAAUUUAGCAUGAGCAGAAAUGCUUCCAGUACGAGCCUCCGGUCUCGUUCGGCCACUGGAGGAAGCGGUGGAAGCAAUCCCCACAUGUCAACGGGACGCAUGCGAGCGCCACCCGCGGAGAUGGGAGGCCUUUCAUUGAACACGCGUGGGUUGCCAGCUCCCCAGGAUUAUCAAGGAGGCUCAUAUUUCUCUCCUGUUGAUCGGGAUACGCCUCCGCAGUCCUCUGUGUCUGCGCGGUCCAGCUCGCAAUCCACAUUUGGAGGCCCUAAUCGAGGGACCACUCCUGUCGGUACCAGCGCCCAUCGUCCCGAGGAGUCAUACCGGAACACUGCUCCAGCGGUAGCUCGAAAUUUGAACGGCCAGUCGAACGGAAAUCCUUACAUGGCGAAUGGACGCAGUCGCGGUCCUGGCCCGGGCCCGGGUAUGCCACCGCCUCGUAUGCGAUCUGCAAGCAGCCCGGAUGUACACCCUAUGGUGCAACAGAGUCGCAAAUAUGUGUCGGGCGAGCACGCGCCGACCGUGCCUCCGAUCCCAGCGCAUGUUGCGAAACAGAUGGCUCCUCCAUCGAGAAGCCACAAUAGCUCUCCUAAUAAUGCGCCGCCCUCUCGGGGAGGGACGCCACACCAACAGUAUGGACUACCUUCCCGACCGCGGCCCGGAAUGCCCAACUAUGGCUAUACCUACGAUCCGUCCUACGGGACUGAUCCCAGAAGGCCAGCACAUGGACCGUCGCUGUCUCAUGGUCGGGCAUUCUCCCCUCCUGUCUCAUCACCCUCCAGUGACGGAGAUCCCUACAUACCAAGUCAGCUCAAGGCGAAGGUUUGCUUUGAUGAAAACUACGUAUCGAUGAUCAUUGCGAGCAAUAUUCAGUUUCGGUCGUUGGCAGAUCGAAUUGACGCGAAACUGGCUCGGUUUACGAACCAUUCGAUCGCUUCGGGAUCUGUUCGGUUGCGCUACCGGGACGAGGACGGCGACUUCAUCCUGAUCGAUAGUGACGAGGCAGUGCAUGAAGCGUUACUUGAUUGGCGAGAGGCCCAUGCUGCACACUCUCUCAACCCACAGAAUGCGGAAUUGUUACUAUUCGCCCAUGCGGUGAAUGUCGAAGCCGCUGCCGCCGGAUGA